ACUUGGACAUAACUAAUACAAGUUUGACUUCAACUAAUACAAUGUAUUUUUUGAGUGAUGAAAAGUACAUAUUUUUAAUUAAAGGCCAGCUAAUUCAGUUAAUUUGCAUGUAAAUCUUUUUUUUAAAUCCAUAUUAUAUUAUUAUUGCAGGUUGUCACUUCUUCACUAGUGUGUUUUAUGUGUCUCCGGUGCAGCCUGCGCAGAGUAGUGCCGGUGACCGACACUAGAGGCUUCUCCUGCCGCCCGGUCCCUGCCUUGUUUUGGUUAGCUGGAUGUUAGCCCAUGCUUUCUGCCGUAGCCGGUUGUAACGGUGAUGGCUCUCCCAUGAGGCGGGGGAGCGGGACUGUGUUUUGUGACUAAACGCCGAGUGAAGUGCCGUGGCCAUGGCCGGGGUUUUCGACAUCGAUUUGGAUCAACCGGAUGAGAAUGUCUCUGACGACGAACUUGAGGACGGGGGCCAGCUCAGUGAAUACAUGGACCAGUGCAGUGGCUUUGAAUUUAACAUGGAUGACUGUGAGAAGUUUGAAAUUUCAGAGAACAGCGUGAACAAGGGAACAGAGCAGAUCAGGCCUGAAUGCUUUGAGCUGCUGAAAGUUUUGGGAAAAGGUGGCUAUGGAAAGGUGUUUCAAGUUCGGAAGGUAGCAGGUGCUGCAUCUGGGAAGAUAUUUGCUAUGAAAGUUUUGAAGAAGGCCAUGAUUGUGCGCAAUGCGAAGGACACAGCGCACACCAAAGCAGAGAGGAACAUUCUGGAGGAGGUGAAGCAUCCUUUCAUUGUGGACCUCAUCUAUGCCUUCCAGACGGGGGGAAAGUUGUACCUUAUCCUGGAGUAUCUGAGCGGAGGGGAGCUGUUCAUGCAGCUGGAAAGAGAGGGCAUCUUCAUGGAAGACACAGCAUGUUUCUACCUGGCUGAGAUCUCAAUGGCGCUGGGUCACCUGCACCAGAAAGGCAUCAUCUACAGAGACCUGAAGCCUGAGAACAUCAUGCUCAACAACAACGGACAUGUGAAGUUGACAGACUUUGGUCUAUGCAAAGAGUCCAUCCAUGACGGGACAGUCACCCACACCUUCUGUGGCACUAUCGAAUACAUGGCUCCAGAGAUCCUAAUGAGGAGUGGACAUAACAGAGCAGUGGACUGGUGGAGCUUGGGAGCUCUCAUGUAUGACAUGCUGACAGGAGCACCUCCAUUCACUGGUGAAAACCGAAAGAAGACAAUUGACAAAAUCUUGAAAUGCAAACUCAGCCUUCCACCUUACCUCACACAAGAAGCCAGGGACCUCCUGAAAAAGCUGCUGAAACGAAAUGCCUCGUUGCGACUUGGGGCUGGACCAGGAGAUGCAUCUGAGGUCCAGGCCCACCCUUUCUUCCGGCAUAUAAAUUGGGACGACCUUCUUGCUCGCAAAGUAGAGCCUCCAUUUAAACCAUACCUGCAAUCGGCUGAUGACGUCAGCCAGUUUGACUCCAAGUUCACCAGCCAGACUCCAGUGGACAGCCCCGAUGACUCCACUCUCAGCGAGAGUGCCAAUCAAGUCUUCCUGGGUUUCACAUAUGUAGCCCCAUCUGUGCUUGAAAACGUCAAAGAGAAGUUCUCUUUCGAGCCAAAGGUGCGCUCACCACGGAAGUUCCCUGGUAGCCCGAGAACACCUGUGAGUCCGGUGAAGUUUGUAGGAGGGGACUGCUGGCCCCGGGGACCCACGCUGACAGGCAACACUGUGGAGCAACCCAUGGAGGUGUCGACAGUGGAGCAAAUGGACACGAGCAGCAGCGGCACCACAGAGGCCUCUGCGCCACUUCCCAUCAGGCACCCUUCAGGCAUCAACGCAGGGCCCUACAAAAAGCAGGCCUACCCCAUGAACUCCAAGCGGCCCGAACAUCUACGAAUGAACCUAUGACGCUCGGCUUGCCCGCGAACAUUUAGGACUCUUCCAAUUCCUCAUCCUCUUCCCUUUAGUUGUUUUCUUUUUAAGAGACUUGUAGAUUUUUUUUUAAGGAUUAACUGACACUGUCAGUGCUGAUCACCAGCUCUUCCAGCAGCGCCUUCCCAUCCCUCCUGACUUGGCCUGGCCUCCUCAACCUGGUGCAGAUUAUCAGCAGGUGAAGUUCAGUAGACAUGUGGUCAGUCAGAGGAGUUGUGUGAGAGAGGUGCUUUUUGGUGAAAGUUGGCUGGGUGAUGCCUUCUGAUGAGUGGGCUGAGGUGGUUUCGGUGUACUCAACUGGCAUUAUCAUAUGAUUUAAUGGUGCUCUUUUAUCCACAAGUCUGGACAGUGUUACUUUUAGUGUUAACAACACAAUCAUCAUAGUGAGAGAAUUUAAUUACAUUGAGUAACAUUUAUUUCUCCCUCAGUAUCCCAGGCUUUUUUUUGUUUCAUCUUGUGAUAACAACAUACAGGUCACACUGUCAGCAGGUAGAAUUAUUGGAUAUCAAUCCCACAGUGAACACAGUACUCCUUUACGUUUGAGGAAACCAAUCACAUUGCCUUCGUCACUCACUGGAGCGUGUGGUCACAGGUAGUUGGAGCAUGACUUACGGAAAAGCAGCUAUAAAAAGAUAGAAGUGAAAUUUCAUCUGGAAGCAUCACUUCCACCACAAUCAAUACCAAAUGCUGGCACUGCUUUCUGUCGGAGGCCUGUCCAGAGGCACUGUUCAGUUUCUUUGUGUUGAAUGUAAACAGACUCUAAAUGCCUUUUCAUGUGUUAUUUCAAAGGAUAGUUUGGAUUUCUUGAAGUGGGGACGUAUGAGGUGCAUAUCCAUAUGACAGUGUGUUGCCUACAGUAGAUGGAGGUCGGCACGCUCCCAGUUUGGAGAAGCAGGCAGGAGCAUCACUGAAGCUAAGAAAUGUACUGCUGUGGAUAGGGGCAGCACCAAAAUGUAUUUUCAGUUACUAUCUGUCAAAGUACACACUAUAUUUAGAAUAUUUUUACAGCCUUACCUUACCGUCAGAUGACCCGAUCGCUAGUUGGCACCAGAAAUAGGACUGGGCAAUACGAAGAUAUUAUAUCAUUAUCGAGAUAUAAGACUAUUUAUCGUCUUAGAUUUUGGAUAUUGUAGUAUUGUGACCUGGUAUAAAUGGUGUUUUUUCCACAUUUUAAAGGCUGUAUUACAGUAAAGUGAUGUAAAUGUGUUGCCUUAACCCACUUGGUUGUUAUAUCCACAUUAUUGAUGAUUAUUGAUCAAAAGUCGCAUCAGACAGGGUAUUUUGCUCAGAAAUAUUAUGUUCGAUUUUGUCUCCCAGUCCUAGCAUUAAUGAAAUGCUUUUGAGGAGAUUGAAAAGUAUGGAGAUAUAUAGCGUGUAUCGAGAUAAAGCCAAAAAAUAUCGUGAUAAAAUUUUCAGGACAUAUCGCCCAGCCCUGACAAGAAAUACCAGUCUGUUAAACAUAUCAUUAAAUCCAAAUUAUUUUAUUUAUGAACACAUUAAAAUCACACAGAAGUACAUAUUCUGAUGACUGCUUUUUUUUUAAAUUUUAUUUUAAUUUUAUAUUUUACAGUAGGAUAGGCUGUUUAGGAUGUGAGUUUUCACUCAGAGAAAACGCCGUUGUCAUAAUCAGACUCGUUUCUUGAAGAUUUAUUUUCCUUAAUAAUACCGUUUUUAGUAUGUUGUUUGUUAACUUAUGCUCAUUGAAUUGUUGUCAUAUUUUGUAGGAUAAUUUGCAAUGUUCCUAAUGCACUGUGCACACAUUUAGCACAUUGAAAAAUGUGAUUGUGAAUGCAAGAAAGUGCUUCAGUACAGUUGCUAGCUGCGGAUAGCCGUCCUUAGUUCGUCUCACCUGUUCUUUUUCCUCAUCAAAUGGCCACUUUAAUUGCUUGAGGUGGGGGUCAGUGACUACGCUAAGGACACUGGCUUCAUUCGUGUCUGACACUUGCCACCUCCUUUCAGUUUCCUCCACCCGUUUCAAAAAACAAGCAUUCAGUUACUGAUUUCGACAUUGAUUUCCAUGGCAAUGAUUUAAGCUUCGAAGCAUUCGGGUCAGCCCUAUUAGUGUCAGUGUUGGCACUCUGCAGCCUGCUUCUCCAAACUGGAAGCGUGCCGACCGCUGUCUACUGUAGGUAAUACACUGACUAUGGAUAAGUACCUCAUACAACCCCUCUUCAAAAAAAUGUGAACUAUCCCUUUAAAUCUCUACGCUUAGCUCUGAUGACCCCUGCAGCAUUAUAUUUUUUUAACUCAUGUAUUCCUGCAGUCUUGUUGCCACUGAGCAACAAACAGGUUGAUCCAAAAACACUCAGCCAAAUUGAUAUCACUGCCCUUCAUCAAGUCAGGCAGUGUUCAUGUCUUAUGUGCUUGGGUGCUUUGCUUUUUGUGCAUUUACACUAACAGGGCUCUCAGUAGUGGGGGGGGAUAAACCGUGACUUAUAUGAGUGGACCAUCUGCUAUAAAUGUAUGACCUGUUUGUUUGAUGUAAAGCUGCUCUAUGAGUCGUGUGGAGUCAAGCCAUUCAGAACUUCUCACCCUAAAACUGAGCCCACUCUCACGCAGAUUGCAGCGAUGCUAACUGAAAACUGAAUGGAUGUAAAUUUAGUUUGAAUGGCUCCCUGAUGUUUCUUGUUAUCCAAAUACUUCGGCUACAUCUACACUAAGACCCUGUCCACAUGUGUACAGAUAAUUUAAAAAAUGGAUAUUUCCUGACUCCGUUUACACAAAAAAAAAAAAUCUGUCCAGAUGAUCUUUGUUUUACAAAAUAUCUCUGUACACACUAGCACGCAAAAAUGACUCCAAAUGCUCACAGGCGUUAGCUGUCUGUCCUCGUGUGUGUACACCACCUAAUGUUUCCUUUUUCGUAAUACCAACUGGAGAUCUCGUCAUUGUUAAAUCCCCUUAAAUAUAAAGACAAAUGCGCUCACUCAAAGAUGCAAGUGAAGCUCUCGACAUGCAACAAAUUUCCUUCAACUCCUCACUGACAACAACCACUCUGGAAAGCGUCCCACCAUCUGCUGGUUCGAUUGGGCCUGAUCCAAAACUCGUUUCUGGUGGACCAAAUAACACUGGGUGUCUGGAAACUUGUGCAGCAGUACUAAUAUUAAGUGUAAAGCAUUCAUUAGACCAAGCAGUGCUAAAGAAACGUAAACAAACCGGUAGUCUGACGUUGCUGUUUAUUUCUUAUGCCCAUUACAUAGAGCAAUAAUGGGCAUUCCGAAACACUCCAUUAUACGUCCAUGCGGAUUCAAAGUAAAAUGUUUAAAAAAUAUCAACCUUAGGAGUUUUAAAGUGUUUUAGUGAUUUAUAACCCGGUUUGCUUGGAGACACAAGGCCAAAACAUAGAGGAAAAUAUCUGCAUAUGGGUGGACAGGGCCUAAGGCUACAUCCAAACUAAUACAUUUUCGUUUUACAACACAACUGUGGCUACGUAUAUGCCAAGUGCAGUGGUUCCCAACUCGUCAGAUCCAGAUUUCUCCUUCGUCAUCAGCUCAAGGUCCACAUAAUACAUUAAGGGUGAUACUUAAGUUUGGCCUCAUUAGUCACUCAAUCUAUGGCAGGAAAUGGCACUUCAAAAUAAAAGCUGUGUGCUGGAAAUUCACUGUACUUAAAAAUAAAGUGUGUUUUUUUACAAACUUGACACAUUUCCGAGUCGCUUACAAUCCAUUCAGAAUGGACAUGUGACCCACUUUUGGACCGCAACCCACCAGUUGGGAACCACUGGCCUAGCGAUCACACUACUGUGGCGUUUCUGAACCCCUAAAACGGAGAUUUUUGAAAACGCUGCUGACCCUGUUUUAGUUUGAAAACUCGGCGGUCUGGACGGGCGGAUAUUGCCCUUGUGAUGUAAGUUAUUUUAGUGUGAAUGGUAAUUUUUGCAUUUCAUUUUCACUUAAAAAAAAUUCAUGAUAGCACCACAAUGCUUCAUUUAUAAUGUAAGUUUUAAAACAUUUUACCUUUAUCAAAAACUGCGGCUCCUGCGAUUUGGAUAUUGCACUUGGCCAUAUUGCAAUUUUGAUAAUAUUUUGAUUAACUGUGCAGCUCUAAACUCUAAAUUUGGAUGGAGAUUAAUUCUAAAAUGGUGCUAAAAGGCUUGUGUGUACAGUGAUUGUUUUUAAAACGCCGUCUUAAAACGAAAACACGUGUUAGUGUGGAUGUGGCCUCAGUGAAUUGACCAAAAGCACUGUUUUAAUGAACCAAAUCAUUUUUGCUGUUAAACAAACAAACAAACCAACAGACCCUGGGGAAGUGUGUUGCAAUUUUACUUUCAUAUUUAGGAACUACAAGAUUCAAAGGUCAAACACGUUUUGUGAAAAGUGUGAUAUUUGAUGACACUGACUUUGUUCUCCACUUGAGUGCUCGCAGAGGCAGUUUAAUGUUUUUUGUUUUCUACCAUUCCUGUACAAUGGUUGUUGUUAAGGACCAGUCACUCCACUUCCUUUCUUUGUUGAAUUGUUAUAAUAUUUAUUUUAAGUGCCAUUUUGUGUCCACUGCAUUGUUUACACUAUGCAAACUGUGUAUUUAUUAUGUAGUAUUAUUUAGAUAAGGCAGCAGAAUGUGUGCUAACUUGAUUUGGCAUUCCUGUCAGAGACUUAUUUUGUCAUAUUAAUAAUAAUAACAAGCAUGCACCAUAUGAUUUACUCCUGCAGAACAUGUCUUACAGCAUUCUCAGAUGCAGCUUUUUUCUUAUUCCAAAACUGACGACGGUGACCUAAUUGUCUUACACUAUUUAUUGUGUGGCAUAGUAUCUUAUUGAAGGGGGAUUUCCAAACAACAUUUUCACAUCUUCAGACUUUCCUUGCUGAAAACUUGAACUUCAGUUUCCUUUUGCAGUGCUUAAUGCAGGGGCAGUGAUUGCGAAGAGAAAUGAACUGACGCAAAAACCAAGGAUGAUUUCUUUGCUUCAUAUAUGAUCUGUGUGUGUGUGUGUGUGUGUGUGUGUGUGUGUGUAUAGAGUCUAUGAGAGAGGUUGGGUAACUAAAAAACUAAAAAAAAUUACUUCAGGUUGGAAACACCAUUGAUUGAAUAACAUUAUUCCUGUUGCUUUGUCACCCUGAGAUCUGCCCCGUCAGAUGGGGAAUGUUAAUAUGUAUCAUGUACAUAAUGAAGUCAAAAUAAAAAAAAAAAAUAAAA